GAUAUUUCACGGUCAUGCCUCGGAUGGAUCUUUAGAAGGAUCGCAGACAUCUGGAAAAUAACUGACAUCCUGUCAUUUCUACAGCCUAACACGACAUGUCAAACAGAAUUUAAAAUCCACCCCUUUUCACGUCAACAUUUAGGUCUUUGUGUGGCACAAUGCCAGAGCAAAGCAAUGAUUACCGGGUGGUUGUAUUUGGGGCUGGUGGGGUUGGCAAAAGCUCCCUGGUUUUGCGCUUUGUGAAGGGGACCUUUCGCGAGAGCUACAUCCCCACAAUUGAGGACACCUACAGGCAGGUGAUCAGCUGUGACAAGAGCAUCUGCACGCUGCAGAUCACUGACACUACGGGCAGUCACCAGUUUCCUGCCAUGCAGCGUCUGUCUAUCUCUAAAGGCCACGCCUUCAUCCUGGUCUACUCUAUAACUAGCAAGCAGUCCCUGGAGGAGCUCAAGCCCAUCUUUGAACAGGUCUGCCUGAUCAAGGGGGAUGUGGAGAACAUACCCAUUAUGCUAGUUGGCAACAAGAAUGAUGAGACAAGUGGUCGUGAGGUGGAGAGCAGCGAUGGAGAGGCCAUGGCCAAGAGGUGGAAAUGUGCCUUCAUGGAGACAUCAGCUAAGACCAAUUAUAACGUGAAAGAGCUAUUUCAAGAGCUUCUAAACCUUGAGAAACGCAGGACUGUUAGCCUUCAGGCUGACGGCAAGAAGAACAAGCAGCAAAAACGGGCAGAGAAGCUUAAGGGCAAAUGUGUGGUCAUGUGAGAAAACUAAAGGGUGUUUGAGAACCAAAAACAGGUAUUAAUUUAACACAUGAAUACUCUGGCUAAAACUGUUUACACAUGAAGAAGGAGGAAUUUUGGGCACACACUAAUUCAUAGUAGUUUUACAGGAACAGGGAUCCAGUGAGAAAAUUGUUGGUUACUUAAAGGGUUAGUUCACCCAGAAAUGAACACCUCUCAUCAUUUACUCACCCUCAUGCCAUCCCAGAUGUGUAUGACUCUCUUUCAUCUGCUGAACACAAAUGAAGAUUUUUUUCAGUUUAUCAACUCUGUAGGUCCAUACAAUGCAAGUAAAUGGGUGCCAAAGAUUUGAAGCUCUAAAAUCCACAUAAGAGCAACAUAAAUGUACUCCAGACAACUUUGGUGGUUAAAUCCAUAUCUUCUGAAGCAAUGUGAUAGGUGUAGGUAAGAAACAGAUCAAGAUUUAAUUCCUUUUUCCUUCACUUUCUCCGUCUGUUUUUCGUGAUUUACAUUCUUCGUGCAAAUCUUAAUGUACAAUCUUAAUCUUGUGUUCUGCAGAAGAAAGACAGUUAAUCUCCAUCUGGGAUGGCAUGAGGGUGAGUAAAUGAUGAGAGAAUUUAAAUGUUUGGGUGAACUGUCCCUAUAAAAGUCCAUUUCAUGUGGAGAAAUGCCUUGAGGACCAAUCUUGUACUAAUUAUAAAUGCAAAAAUGU